GCUUUAACUCGAAAGUCGAAAAAGAGAAACGCUUACAUGGCGCAGCGAAGGGAAUAAAAGCUUUAUUGACGUCAAUUAGAAUUCCCUGCAACGGAUCGCCGGGGGAGGUCUAGGGCGAAAGGGAAGUCUUAUUCGUCGAUGUUUGCAAACGCAUACGCACCAUAAUUUGUCGAGUGCAGUAAUAUGACAAGUUUUGAUAUCAGCCAGGGCAAGUCGGGUUACCGGUUCUAUAAUUGGUCAAAAACCUAUUCUGCUUCGCCGGAGUUGUAUUUUGAACCAAGAUCCGAUAAUGAACUGAGAAAUAUUUUAUCUAGGGCGAAAGAAAACAAAAAAACAGUAAAAAUCGUUGGCGGUGGAUUAUCUCCUUCAGACAUUGCAUGUACAAAUGACUUCAUGAUCUCACUGAAACAUUUGAACAGAGUUUUGGACGUUGAUGCCAAGAGAUGUACAGUAACUGUUGAAGCAGGUGUUACUAUAAAUGAAUUAAAUGAAAACAUUCUUCCGUCACAUGGUUUAUCUCUUAUUAAUUUGGGAUCCGUAUCCGGUCAGACAGUUGGAGGUAUUAUAGGAACUGGGACCCAUGGGUCAGGAGAAAAAUUUGGCUCUUUUGCAACUCAUGUGUUAGAGCUGGUUCUUAUGAAAGCAGAUGGUACCAUUUUACGUUGCUCUCAACAAGAAAAUGCAGAAAUAUUUUCUGCAGCUUGUUGCCAUCUUGGGAUUCUUGGAAUCAUUUUAAGUGUCAAGCUACAGUGUGAAGCUGCAUUUAUGUUGCAUGAGAAGAAAGCUUCAUCAAAACUUGAAACAGUUCUCAUAGAUUUGAAUGAACAUGUCUCAUCUGCCCAGCAUUUUCAAUUUGUGUGGUUCCCACAUACUGACAAUGUGGUUACUAUUGCCCGAAACAGAACCAGACGUUUAAAAUUAGUUAAGAAUAAUUGGUUUAAAGACAUCAUUAUUGGUCACCACCUACUUGAGUUUUGUUUGUGGAUUGCAACUUUCUUUUCAAGCAUAGUUCCGCUCAUCACUUCUGUAUUCUUUAAAUUUUGUUACGAAGGUUCUUCUGAGUGUAUCGACCGCAGUGAUAAAAUAUUCAACAUAGAUUGUCUCUUUAAACAAUAUGUGACUGAGUGGGCAAUACCAAGGAGGCAUACGGCUAUUGUAUUGAGAGAAAUGAAGAAUUGGAUUGAAAACAAUCCUGACUGUAAGAUUCAUUUCCCAGUUGAAGUACGGUUCGUACAAAAGGACAAUAUAAUGAUGGCCCCAUCAUGUGAACAAGAUGUAACUUACAUUGGUAUUAUCUCAUAUAGACCUUAUGGUAAGCUAGUGCCACAUGAUAAGUGGUUUACAUUCUACGAAAACUUGGCUUUGAAAUAUGGAGGGCGACCCCACUGGGCAAAGGAUCACAAGGUUAAUUCGCAAACAUUUCAACAAAUUUAUCCCAACUUUAAUAAGUUUAUGAAGUUGAGAAGUGAACUCGACCCAGACAACUUGUUUUUAAAUGAAUAUUGGAAAAGAAUUUUGAAGUGACACUGUUAAAUGAAAAAAGCUUAUUUUGUAAAACUUUUCUGAAUUAUACUUGUCUCUUUUCAUUGUUUAAUUUAAAGAUAAUAAUAAUUAAAUACCUCUACUUGCAGAAUUUUUAACACCAAUUUAUUAAAUUACAUUUAUUUUAAACCUUUUUAAUAGUAGUAUUUACUAUGUAUAAUUCGUUGUUAAAGUUAAACAUGAAGCUAAAACUAUAACAUCCUGAGUGACUCUGUGGUAAACUCUUUUGUAUUUAAAAACUACUGUAUUUCAUGGGAUCUUACUUAAGUUGUCAUUGUAGGUAAUUACUAAUUUUCCAUUGCUUAACUGUUAUCUCUAUAUUAUACUGUAGCAUUUAUUUUAGCAUGAACAUUUUCUUUAAUUUAUAACCCACUGCUGUAGCAAUUAGUGGUGCCAAAGUUAGGCCUCAUUGUUCAUGUAACUUAUAUAGGUGUCUUUAUAAAUACAUAUAUGUGUGGGUAUGGGUAUACAUUUGUGCAUGUCAUUAUUUGUGUUUAAUAAGAUAUUAUACUCCCAAGUUAUUGAUGCAAUCUGUUUAAUAGGCAACAAGUGUUCAAAUCACACACUAACAGUAACAGUAAUAUUUAAUAGCCAAUCUGGUAAAAGUAUGAACAAAAAACUGUGGAUAGAUGACAGUAUAGCUUUAAAUAUUUAUUGUGGUUAAUAUUUGUACCAUGCUCUUCUGUACCUGCUAUUUUUUUAUUUGAAUUUAUAUUGUUGUGAAACACGAUAUCAUUGAAAUUAAAUAAGCACUAAAGUUGUGGCGUAAAAAA